UCUUCCUCUUAGCUUAGUUGUGGGCAGACAGCGGUAGUAGAAGGACGUACGCUGCUGGUGCCGAGUGCAGAACCCUCAAGAAAAAGAGGAGGGAGAAGACGAGAUAGAAAACAAAGGAAGAGAAGAAAGAAGAACACACACAAGGAAAGAAAGAAGUUGGAAGAGUUACCGAGGAAGAAAAGAGAAAGGAAGGAAGACAUAGAAAAGGUUGAAAGAGAUACUGAAGAGGAAAAAGACAUAAGAGAAGAAAGAAAGAGAAGACAAAGAAAACGCAAGGAGGAAAGAAAUAAUUAAGAAAACUGAGGAAGAAAUAAAGAAAACAAAGGAAGGAAGAAACGAAGAAAGAGAUAGAAAAACGAAAGAAAGAAGAUAGAGAGAACAAGGGAAAGAAGAAGGAAGAAAAAAACACAAAAGAAAUAAGAAAAGAAAACGAGAGAAGAAACCAACUAGAGUAAAACGAAUAAAAAAAAGAAAAAAAGAAAAGAAAAAGGGCGCUAGAUUUAAAGGGGUAACUCAAGCUAACCUUUCAAAAUGUCUGCACUGCGUCUUGUGACUCUUGUGUUGGUGUCGGGGGCUACGUGCUGCCUAGGCUUCCAGCAGGACCUCACCGAGAACCCGGACGCCCCAGAAUACCUCCUGGUCGCACACCACUUCGCUGACAUCAUCAGGAAAGACAUAGAAGACAAGCUGGCCCCCAUCACAUCCGACAUCGAGGAAAUGAAGUCAACGAUGAGGGAAACAUGUAAUUCAGCGCGGCAGGAAAUGAAGUCAUCGAUGAGCGAAACAUGUAAUACAACGCAGCAACAGAUAUCAACGAUGAGGGAAACAUGUAAUACAGCGCAGCAACAGAUAUCAACGAUGAGGGAAACAUGUAAUACAGCGCAGCAACAAAUAUCAACGAUGAGGGAAACGUGUAAUACAGAGCUGCAACAGAUAACACGCAAACUCAAUGAAGCACUGCAGAAAACGGAGGCUUUAGAGGGUAAACUGCUGCAGAAAAUCGAGGACCUGAAGCUGAGCUCAAACGGGCUAAUCGAGGGCCUGCAAAACGAUAUAACAACCGAAAUCGAGGAAGGGAGCAGGCGUUUGGAGAAGCGGAUAUUUACGAAGGACGAGAUGGUGGAGGUGGUGAGGCAAGAGGCCGUGGAGUUGAAGGAUAGGUGUAGAGAUGACUCGAGGUUGACGGCACUCCAGAACAAUGUGUUGGAGAUGAAGGAAGUGCUGCAGGAGGUGAAGGGAGAGAAUGUGGAGAUGAAGAGCAGAAUGGAGCAGUACUUUGGCCAGAACGUCUCGGAGGAGGUGAGAGACGUAAAGAACUUCGUGGAGGUAAUGGCGCAGGAGGUGGAGAGGUUGGCCAUGAGCACCAGGAAUGUCUCCAGUACACUUGAGGACGUAUCACACUCGGUCCAUCUGUUAACCGCUACGCCACCACCACCACCACCUCAAGAAGAAGAAGAAGAAGAAGAAGAAGAACAACCAACAGGCCCGGUCUAUCCCUGCUUGGACUCGGUUUUCACAGGAACGAAGAAUCUUAAGGUCUGUCAAAUGGCCGCCAGGUUCAACAAAUGCAAGCUGCCCCUCGUGUCCUACCACUGCUGUCACACUUGCACCUCCCGCGGCCUGAUCCCGGAGAUGGGGGCGUGGAGGUACCUCAAUCUGACACGCCACGUCAAGUCCUUCCAAGUGAUCAGCGUGUUUGCCCCGUAGAGUGACUUGGGAGAGAAGGUGUAGUGACCCUCUACAUCUUCCCGUUUUCUUCACCUUCAUUUCUUCAGUCUGCUUUUUAACUCACCACGUUCUCUUUAUUAGUGUACAUCGGUGAGUUUGUUAUAAUAUAGGUGAUGAUUUGGUAUAUGUGUAUGAUGUAGUGACCCACGACCCGAUGAAAUGUGGAGGAUGAGAUAGGCGUGUGUGUAAUAGAGGGCGGAAGAGAAAGAGAACGUGGUGAGUUAAAGGGCAGACUGAAGAAAUGAAGGUGAAGAAAACGGGAAGAUUUAGAGGCACGCUCACCAGCAUCCACCAUACAAAUGUAAUCACAGUUUAUGCUCAUAUUAAACUAUUAGCACGGC